GUGAGCUGGGCGCGCGAGAGGCAGGCGGGGCGGCGCGGCGCGGAGCGAAGCAGGCAGCCCCGCGCGCUCGCCCACCGCCCGCUCCGCGCAGCUCCCCGUGGCCGCUCUCGUCGCCGCCGCAGCGGGCGCGUCGGAGGGAGCCCAGCAUGGCCUGGCCGGGCUCGUCGCGCCGCGCGUCCUGGGGGGCCUCGGCGCUCCUCGCCGCCGCGCUUCUCUACGCCGCGCUGGGGGACGUGGUGCGCUCGGAGCAGCAGAUACCGCUCUCCGUGGUGAAGCUCUGGGCCUCGGCUUUUGGUGGGGAGAUAAAAUCCAUAGCUGCUAAGUACUCCGGCUCCCAGCUUCUGCAAAAGAAAUACAAAGAGUAUGAGAAAGAUGUUGCCAUAGAAGAAAUUGAUGGUCUCCACCUGGUGAAGAAACUGGCGAAGAACAUGGAAGAGAUGUUUCACAAGAAGUCCGAGGCAGUCAGGCGUUUGGUGGAGGCUGCAGAAGAAGCACACCUAAAACAUGAAUUUGAUGCAGACUUACAGUAUGAAUACUUCAAUGCUGUGCUGAUAAAUGAAAGGGACAAAGACGGGAAUUUUUUGGAGCUGGGAAAGGAAUUCAUCUUAGCCCCAAAUGACCAUUUUAAUAAUUUGCCUGUGAACAUCAGUCUAAGUGAUGUCCAAGUACCAACAAACAUGUACAACAAAGGGGCUUGGAUGAAUCUGGAAACCAUCAUUCUCAACAAACUGACACAAGAUCAGACAGCCAAACACCGCAUGUUCUCACUCAUAGACCCUGCAAUUGUCAAUGGGGUUUAUUGGUCUGAAUCCCUAAACAAAGUUUUUGUAGAUAACUUUGACCGUGACCCAUCUCUUAUAUGGCAGUACUUCGGAAGUGCAAAGGGCUUUUUUAGGCAGUAUCCUGGGAUUAAAUGGGAACCAGAUGAGAAUGGAGUCAUUGCCUUUGACUGCAGGAACCGAAAAUGGUACAUCCAGGCAGCAACUUCUCCGAAAGACGUGGUCAUUUUAGUUGAUGUCAGUGGCAGCAUGAAAGGACUCCGUCUGACUAUCGCAAAGCAAACGGUCUCAUCCAUUUUGGAUACACUGGGGGAUGAUGACUUCUUCAACAUAAUUGCUUAUAAUGAGGAGCUUCACUAUGUGGAACCUUGCCUGAAUGGAACGUUGGUGCAAGCCGACAGGACAAACAAGGAGCAUUUCAGGGAGCAUCUGGACAAACUUUUCGCCAAAGGAAUUGGAAUGUUGGAUAUAGCUCUGAAUGAGGCCUUCAACAUUCUCAGUGAUUUCAACCACACGGGACAAGGAAGUAUCUGCAGUCAGGCCAUCAUGCUCAUAACUGACGGGGCAGUGGACACCUAUGAUACAAUCUUUGCGAAAUACAAUUGGCCAGAUCGAAAGGUUCGCAUCUUCACAUACCUCAUUGGACGAGAGGCUGCAUUUGCAGACAAUCUAAAGUGGAUGGCCUGUGCCAACAAAGGAUUUUUUACCCAGAUCUCCACCUUGGCUGACGUGCAGGAGAAUGUCAUGGAAUACCUCCAUGUGCUCAGCCGGCCCAAAGUCAUCGACCAGGAGCAUGAUGUGGUGUGGACUGAAGCUUACAUUGACAGCACUCUGACUGAUGAUCAGGGCCUCGUCCUGAUGACCACUGUAGCCAUGCCUGUGUUUAGUAAGCAGAACGAAACCAGAUCGAAGGGCAUUCUCCUGGGAGUGGUUGGCACAGAUGUCCCAGUGAAAGAACUUCUGAAGACCAUCCCCAAAUACAAGUUAGGGAUUCACGGUUAUGCCUUUGCAAUCACAAAUAAUGGAUAUAUCCUGACGCAUCCAGAACUCAGGCCGCUGUAUGAAGAAGGAAAAAAGCGAAGGAAACCUAACUAUAGUAGUGUUGACCUCUCUGAGGUGGAGUGGGAAGACCGCGAUGACGUGUUGAGAAAUGCUAUGGUGAAUCGAAAGACGGGGAAGUUUUCCAUGGAGGUGAAGAAGACAGUGGACAAAGGGAAACGGGUUUUGGUGAUGACAAAUGACUACUAUUACACAGACAUCAAGGGUACUCCUUUCAGUUUAGGUGUGGCGCUCUCCAGAGGCCAUGGGAAGUAUUUCUUCCGAGGGAACGUAACCAUCGAAGAAGGCCUGCAUGACUUAGAACAUCCUGAUGUGUCCUUGGCAGAUGAAUGGUCCUACUGCAACACUGACCUACACCAUGAGCACCGCCAUCUGUCUCAGUUAGAAGCGAUUAAGCUCUACCUCAAAGGCAAAGAACCUCUGCUCCAAUGUGAUAAAGAAUUGAUCCAAGAAGUCCUUUUUGAUGCCGUGGUGAGUGCCCCCAUUGAAGCGUAUUGGACCAGCCUGGCCCUCAACAAAUCUGAAAAUUCUGACAAGGGUGUGGAGGUUGCCUUCCUGGGCACUCGCACGGGCCUCUCCAGAAUCAACCUGUUUGUCGGGGCCGAGCAGCUCACCAAUCAGGACUUCCUGAAAGCUGGUGACAAGGAGAACAUUUUUAAUGCAGACCAUUUCCCUCUCUGGUACCGAAGAGCUGCUGAGCAGAUUCCAGGGAGCUUCGUCUACUCGAUCCCGUUCAGCACUGGACCUGUCAAUAAAAGCAAUGUGGUGACAGCGAGUACAUCCAUCCAGCUCCUGGAUGAACGGAAAUCUCCUGUGGUGGCAGAUGGAGUUUCACUGUUGUUACCCAGGCUGGAGUGCAAUGGCGCAAUCUCAGCUCACCGCAACCUCCGCCUCCUGGGUUCAAGCAAUUCUCCUGCCUCAGCCUCCCGGGUAGCUGGGAUUACAGCUGUAGGCAUUCAGAUGAAACUUGAAUUUUUCCAAAGGAAGUUCUGGACUGCCAGCAGACAGUGUGCCUCCCUGGAUGGAAAAUGCUCCAUCAGCUGCGAUGAUGAGACUGUGAACUGUUACCUCAUAGACAAUAAUGGAUUUAUUUUGGUGUCUGAAGACUACACACAGACUGGAGACUUUUUUGGUGAGAUCGAGGGAGCUGUGAUGAACAAAUUGCUAACAAUGGGCUCCUUUAAAAGAAUUACCCUUUAUGACUACCAAGCCAUGUGUAGAGCCAACAAGGAAAGCAGCGAUGGUGCCCAUGGCCUCCUGGAUCCUUAUAAUGCCUUCCUCUCUGCAGUAAAAUGGAUAAUGACAGAACUUGUCUUGUUCCUGGUGGAAUUUAACCUCUGCAGUUGGUGGCACUCUGAUAUGACAGCUAAAGCCCAGAAAUUGAAACAGACCCUGGAGCCUUGUGAUACCGAAUAUCCAGCCUUUGUCUCUGAGCGCACCAUCAAGGAGACCACAGGGAAUAUUGCUUGUGAAGACUGCUCCAAGUCCUUUGUCAUCCAGCAAAUCCCAAGCAGCAACCUGUUCAUGGUGGUGGUGGACAGCAGCUGCCUCUGCGAAUCUGUGGCCCCCAUCACCAUGGCGCCCAUUGAAAUUAGGUAUAAUGAAUCCCUUAAGUGUGAACGUCUGAAGGCCCAGAAGAUCAGAAGGCGCCCAGAAUCCUGUCAUGGCUUCCAUCCUGAGGAGAACGCAAGGGAGUGUGGGGCUGCGCCGGGUCUCCAGGCCCUGCCAGUCCUCCUACUGCUCCCUCUGCUUUUGAUGCUCUUCUCAAGGUGACACUGACUGAGAUGUUCUCUUGGCAUGCUAAAUCAUGGAUAAACUGUGAACCAAAAUAUGGUGCAACAUACGAGACAUGAAUAUAGUCCAACCAUCAGCAUCAUCAUGAUUUUAAACUGUGCGUGAUAUAAACUCUAAAAGAUAUGUUGACAAAAAAUUAUCUUUUUACUUUGCCAGUCAUGCAAAUGUGAGUUUGCCACAUAAUCACCCUUCAUCAGAAAUGGGACCGCAAGUGGUAGGCAGUGUCCCUUCUGCUUGAAACCUAUUGAAACCAAUUUAAAACUCUGUACUUUUUAAAUAAAGUAUAUUAAAAUCAUAA